AUGUCCUACUAUUCACGAUCACCUCCGCCUCUUCAACACCCAGUUCCGACUCAUCCAGCUUUCAUACCAGAACCGCCUUCAACGCCAGCUUCACCUCAAGGCUACCAACGCUUCGCUAGUUCGCCACCACAAAACCAACAAUAUGCCGCACGAACUCAAUACCAUCCUCCUCCAUUUCAACCAAUCCCGAAUCCUCAACCCCAACACAUUCCAGACUUUGCAGCAUGGGGCAUGAACGACACUACCGCUCAGUUCGGAAUGCACUUAGGUCAAACAGCUGUUGCUGCAGGCCAAGACUAUGUCCAAAAGAAUUUUGCCGGCAUGAUACAAGUCACCAUGCUAAAACACCACUUCAACGUUUCAAACUCCUAUGUCAUGCACAAACUCCAGCUUAUCAUAUUCCCCUGGCGACAUAAACCCUGGACACGAAAAGUCCGUCGCACAGAGGCUGGUCUUACAGAGUGGCAACCUCCUCGCGACGAUAUCAAUAGUCCCGAUCUGUACAUACCCCUCAUGGCACUCGUCACCUACAUCCUCGUAGCAGCGUUUCAAACUGGCCUUCAAGAACGAUUCCACCCCCAAAUCCUCGGUGCAAGUGCAACACGUGCUCUCCUCGUCGUUCUACUCGACUUUCUAUUCGUUCAGUGUGGCUGCUACCUUCUCAAUGUCCAAGGCACGGGUCAGGUGGUGGAUUUGAUUGCUUAUGGUGGGUACAAGUUUGUUGGCGUCAUCCUCACACUCUUCGCGGGUCUCCUCAAUCUAAACCCGACGAUAUAUGCCCUCGUAUUCCUCUAUGCAUUCGCUGCAAACGCGUUGUUUAUACUUCGGUCCCUCCGCUCAGUGGUCCUUCCCGACUCACCCGCCAACGUGGGCACAGUUAAUCCCGCAUCAAGAAAACGCCGCAUCUCAUUUUUGUUCCUGGAAGCUGUUUUGCAGGUCGUCUAUAUGGGUAUUUUGGUGAGGGUGUGA